UUCGUUUGGUUUCUCUGCUGAAUUUAAGUCUUCAGUUUUUCCUUCGAAGUUCUCUUCAUUGAAACCCACGUCUGUCGUUUCUGACUUAUCAAGAUGAAGGUCUCUCUCGUUACUCUGACCUCAGUGCUCGCCCUGGUUGCUGCCCAGGAUUCGUCUUCGUCGUCCGAGUCUUCUACCGAGACCUCUACUGCGCCGACCACUACUCCCAGCUUGACUGCUGCUGAACGAUGCGCGCUCAACUGUGGUGACAACGACCUCUGCUGCGUGGCCGCAUGUUACAGCGUGCCUUGCCCUAGCGACCAGCAGGCCAACAACACCAACACCUGUGUCUCGCAGUGCGACCAGGGUGACGGUUCCGAGGAGGACAUCCAGGCGUACGCUGAGUGCCAGGCUCGCUGCAUCAGCAGCACUUACUUCCCUGGCACUGUGACCGUCACUAGCGCUCCCACCGGCAGCUCAACUGGCUCGAACACCGCCACGACCACUAGCUCGGGUGACGACGCCGACAGCACUGAUGACUCCAACUCGGAUGAUUCGAGCGCCACCAGCACCAACGGCGACGAGGCAACCGCGACCGGCUCGGGCGACGAGCCCUCUGACACUAACGCUGCCGCCAGGCUCGGUGUCUCUGCUGCUGGUCUGGCAGGUCUCCUCAUGGCCGCUUGGGCUCUGUAAGGGCCUUGCCGAAGCAAUUCAGUCUGGUAUGAAGUGCGGUGCUGAUUGCACGAUUCACGGGCCAUGCAAGGCAUUAAUGGUUUGGAUGGAUUGGAACGUUGUCUGAUGGUUAUCUACAUAGUCUUUACUUCUACUCUCUAUUCUACUAAUCACUGAUCGAUACCAUAAUAAUUGAGUUAAUUAACCCUGUACUCCUU